AUGAAACCAUGGAAGUAUAAAAUUUGCGAAAAAAUCGGUAAAGGCUCUUUUGGAGAGAUAUUCCGUGGUGAAGAUGAAAAUGGGGAUAGUGUUGCUAUCAAAUAUGAGCCUCAAGACAAUCCAAAUCUUCAACUUUUAUAUGAAUGUCGAUUAUACAGAUAUUUUUCCGGUGCAGUAGGCUUUUCAUCUGUCAAAUGGUUUGGGCAACAUGAAAAUAAUAAUGUUCUUGUCAUGGACCUAUUUUCAUAUUCGUUAGAAGAAUUAUUUCAAAAUUGCAAUAAAAAAUUUUCACUGAAAACAGUCCUAAUGCUAGCUGAUCAAAUAAUUAAUAGAAUUCAAUAUGUUCAUAAGAAAGGAUUUGUUCAUCGAGAUAUCAAACCACAAAAUUUCUUAAUUGGGCGUGGAAACAAGUCUAACCUGGUGCAUCUUAUUGAUUUUGGACUUGCAAUUAAUUAUAUUGAUCCUGAAACUCAAUCUCACAUCAAAUAUUGUGAUGAAGAAAGUGUUGUUGGGACGGCUAGAUAUAAUUCUGUUAAUGCUCACAUAGGUGUACGUGAAACAAGGCGUGAUGAUAUGGAAUCACUUGGAUACGUCUUAAUAUAUUUUCUAAAAGGAACACUGCCAUGGUCUGGAAUGCACGAUUAUGCAAAAAUUACUGAAACGAAAAUGAAGACAUCUAUUGAUCAACUUUGUAAAGAUCUUCCAGAAGAAUUCUCCCUUUACAUGAGUUUUGUACGCGGAUUAAGAUUUGAAGAAGAGCCUGACUAUUCAUUUUAUCUCAAGUUAUUUAGAACUCUCUUUACAAAUCUCGGAUAUUUAUUUGAUUAUAAAUAUGAUUGGAAUAGCUAA